AUGGACCAGUUUGCUGUCGAAUUAAAAGACCUGUCAGAGAAACUCCUCCACAGACAGAGCCAUUCAGACUUGGAUGAAGUGAUUGAUUCCCUCUUCAAGGAGAUUUUAACUCUAGAAGAAGCUGCAAAACUACAGGAUCCACAGCUGGAGGAAAUCGCCAUCCAGUUGUGGAACUGGGCUGUCACCAAACGUGUUGGGACUUCAAUUACAGAAGAGCAGAAGGCCAAAGUGCGUCAUGUGGCAUGCAGACUUCUGUAUUCAUGCGGGUCUGAGAACCCAUCUGAGAGUAUUGUGCGCAAGCAGAUACUGAUGGCCAGUAAAACAGGGAGAACAUGGCUUGAUUGCAAAAACUCCAAAUCUGCGGAUGCUUUUUUGAGCAUGGCUGUCAAUAGCUUGGAGAUUCUUUACAGCAGACUAACGUCUCAUGGAGAUACAGAAGACAUGAACACACCAAAGGGCGACAUAGAGAAAGACCUGUUGCGGGUUUUGUCUUAUCAGGCUGAAUCUGCAGUUUCUCAAGAGCAACACCAAGUGGCAGUGUCAUGCAUACAGCGAUGUAAAGAAAUCCUUCUACGCCUCCCUAAAGAGACUGGCUAUCUCUCUCUCAUCUGUUACAACUUUGGGGUUGACACUUACAGUCAGGGAAAGCAUGAAGAGAGCACAUUUUGGCUUAGCCAAAGUUAUGAUAUAGGGAAGAUGAACAUGAAGUAUUCACCAGGAUCAGAGAUGCAAGCCAAAGUCUUAAGACUUCUUGCAACAGUUUAUUUGGAGUGGGACCAUCAGAAGUAUCAAGAAAAAGCUCUUCAGGCUGUAAGCUUGGCAAAUAAGGAGCACAUGCAGUUGUCAGGCCUUUACUUGAAGAUCCGUAUCCUAGGGAAAGGCUGUAGCCCAGAUGAAGCUGUAAAAUCCGGACUGUCAGAGCUGCUGGACUUUGAGGUUCCACUGGAAGUGUGUUUGAGCACAGUAAAACUGCUUAUAGAAGAGAACAGGGAGGCUCUGGCCUUUGACUUCCUGAAGCGAGUGUGUCAGCAUUUUGAGUCGUCUCCUGAACUGGGCUCUGCUCUGCUCAUGCAUAUAGAGCUGCUGGCCAAGCAGAAGAUUGAGGAUGCUAUUACUGGACAUUACACUGGAAAACAACUAGCACCACAGACUCUUUCAUCGCUGCAUCUUCUUCUCUGGGAUAGAGCUUCCAAAAACUUUGAAGCCAAGAACUUCUCAGAAGCACUGCAGUGGUAUAACUACUCACUGAGCUUCUACAAAGCAGGUGAGCUGGAUCCCAACCUGGCUAAACUACAGAGAAACCGAUCCUCUUGUUUUCUGCACUUACAACAACUAGAUAAGGCCAAAGAGGCUGUGGAAGAGGCAGCAAGGAUUGAUUCAACCAAUAUUUUUACACAGUUUAACAUCUACAAGAUUGCUAUUUUGGAAAACAAUGCUGAGACAGCUGCUGCGGCUCUGGUAGGGAUUGGCGUUCUGGCUAAAGCUCCAGUCAGCAGCGGGGAUAGGCUUCUUGUGACUGAGAACGCAGCAGCAAACCUCCUCAGCCUGGCAGCACAGAUCGCCCUUGAGCAUGAGCAACAGGAAACAGCCAUUAAAGCCCUGGAGACUCUGUGUGAACACUCAGAAGAUGUUCCUCAAACCCUCACUGCUUUGAGGUGUUUAGUGCGACUUGCUCUUUCAACACUGGAAAACAUCAGCGAGGAAAACAGGAAUUCCAACUUGGAUAUACUCUUGUCAUACUUAAAAACAGCUCUUCAGAAAUUAUCACAAGUCUGCCAUGUUCCUGGUCAGAGAGCAAAGCAGCGUUCAGAAGAUGCUAACUGGUUCAGGAGAAUUGCAUGGAACUCUGCCCUUCAGUGUGAGCACAGUCCUGUUCGGAUGAAGGAUUUCUUUCUUCUCUCAUUUCAACUUUCACAACUGUGUGCUCCUGACCGAGCUGUGCUGAUGGGGCAGAAGACGUGCCUGCUGAUGUCUGCUGCCGCCUCUCUGGAGAUCUGCAGGAGCUCUGAUCACACUGAGCAACAGACUGAGCUGCUGACCCAGACUCUAGAAAACAUCCAACUCUGUAAAGAGAUCUGGACCACCAUCAAAACAUCAGGCAUUUCUUCUCAAGACAAAACAGACUCAUUAUUGCUGCUCUAUGAGUUUGAGGCUCGGGCCAAAUUAAAUGAUCCAAAACUGGAGACUGUGCUUGAAUCAGUUUUGGAGCUGGAUAACAUCGAGACCAAGCUGUUAGAAGUGAUCGCAGUGCUGGCGAUGGAACCCCCAGCCCAUUACCCUGUUCUUUGUAAGAAAGCACUGAAGAUUGCUCUGUCUCUGCACAGAAAACAACCACAGGUGGACCUCACACGCUGCAGUAACUGUUUACACAGCCUGAUUCAGCUGAGCCUGCCGAACGGUGUGUCCGAGGUGCAGCCUUGCGUGUUGGAGGAAGUGUGGGGCUACUAUGAGGAAGCUCUUUCCCUCAUAGCAACCGCAACCGAGGACUUUCCAGAGCUGGAGAUCCUGUGGCUGCUGACCCGAGCGUGGAAUACAGGAAUCCUGCUCUACAGUCUGGCCCAAUACCCUGAAGCGGAGAGGUGGUGUGGGCUGGGAAUGAGCUUCCUGAGUUAUCUGGGCUCUCUGCAGGACAGCUAUCAAACUCAGAUGGCUGGUCUGUACAGUGAGGUGUUGGACAGGCUGGAUAAAGCCAAGAAGAAUCUUAUUAUUGAGGAAUAAAUGAUGGCGGCUUCAGUCGCAGAUGGAGAUCUCAGGUCUGACGGCACGUGUUUAAUAUGUAGUGUGAAUUUCUCCGAGAUGCUAAGAGAUGUACAAUUCUUCCGAGGGU